CCAGCGCCCGAGGCGCCGCCCGCCGAGCCGGCCAUCGAGAAGGAGCUGCCCAACUUCGGCCUCAGCGGCAAGCUGGUGGAGGACACGAACACGGUGAACGGCGUAGUGGUCAAGUACAGCGAGCCGCCCGAGGCGCGCAAGCCGCGCCGCCGCUGGCGCCUGUACGUGUUCAAGGGCGAGGAGACCAUGCCGACGCUGCACAUCCACCGCCAGAGCGCGUUCCUCAUGGGCCGCGACCACAAGGUGGCCGACAUCCGGAUCGACCACCCGUCGUGUAGCAAGCAGCACGCGGUGCUGCAGUACCGGCUGGCGGCGUGCACGCGCGCCGACGGCUCGAGCGGUCGCGCUAUCCGGCCGUACAUCAUCGACCUGGACUCGGCCAAUGGCACGUACGUCAACAACAAGCGCGUCGAUCCGCGCCGUUACGUGGAGCUCAUGGAGCGAGACGUGCUCAAGUUUGGCUUCAGCUCGCGCGAGUACGUGCUGCUGCACGAGUCGAGUCGGGCCGACGAAAGCAGCGACGAGCAGUGAG